UGUCCGGUAAUUAGCAGUCGGUAAUCGGGAUGUUGGCUGAAGAAAAACAAACGAAUCGUAAAUAUGCCGAAAAUUGCAAUUAUUUAGCAUAAUUAUAGGAUCUUGUGCACGCACCAUGGACAUUGCCACCAUUGAGCUGAGCGUGGAGGCGCUCAUUGGCUCGUUGCUGGCACUGGGCGUGAUCUUUGCCUUCUGUCGCAGUAUUCUGGCCGAAGAUGUUGUCAUUAGCAUAUUAACGGGAAAAUCACGCCACAGCUGGAAAUCAAUAAAAAUCAUCGAGCAGGCCUGCUUCUGUAAUGUUUGCGAGAUUUUGCUUACACCCUCGGCUGGCCUCUUCUGCGACUGCUGCGGUCUUUGCACGCACGCAGUGCCGGUAUGCCAGCGGCAGGCGGACAGAGGAUAUCGAUGCAAAGACAAGUGGUUGCGCAACGAGACCUCAGUGCGCCAUUUAUGGGUCCACGGAAAUCUGCCGAUGGGGAUCAACUGCUCGAAGUGUGGGGAAGAAGUGGAUCAUCAUGCCAGCACUGAUCCGGGUCUGUAUGGUUGGCGCUGUGCCUGGUGCCAGCGCUGCUAUCACGAUGACUGCCACAAGGAGAUCAAUGUCAAGGGCGAGUGUGACUUUGGCGAGUUCAAGGACAUGAUUUUCCCGCCUUACAGCUUUGUGGCCGCCCGCACUCGUGACUCGAUGCGCCUGCACCUGGCCAGUAUAACGCCGCCCGAUAUAGAAAACUGGGAGCCCUUGAUUGUGAUAGCCAACACAAAGUCUGGCAGCAGUACGGGCGCCGAUGUUUUGUCCCUGCUGCGUGGCUACCUGCAUCCUAUGCAGGUCAUGGAGCUCGGCUCUCGCGGACCCCAGGACGCGCUGCAGUGGGCCGCCAAGGCUAGUCCCCGCCCCUGUCGCAUACUGGUGGCCGGCGGAGAUGGGACCAUUGGCUGGGUGAUGAACACCAUCUACGCUUUGAACAUAAAGCCCCAGCCCUCGGUGGCCAUCAUGCCGCUGGGCACUGGCAACGAUUUGUCGCGAGUUCUUGGCUGGGGAGCAGAACCUCCCACUACUCUCGAUCCCGUGCAGAUCCUGCGCAACAUUCGACGCGCCCGCUCGGUCAACCUGGAUCGCUAUGACCUGCAAAUCGAGAAACUGCACUAUCGACUGCCCAUUCAAAGACAUCCCACAAAGACGAUACACGUGUACAACUACUUCAGCGUGGGUGUGGACGCGUACAUCACCUACAACUUCCACAAGACGCGCGAAUCUCGUUUCUAUCUCCUCAGCAGCCGCAUUUUCAAUAAGCUGCUGUACUUUACAUUUGGAACGCAGCAGGUGAUGCAGCCAGGCUGCGAGCGCAUUGAGGAGAAACUCACCUUGUACCUGGACAACAAACAGAUUCAACUGCCGGAACUGCAGGCGCUGGUCUUUCUCAACAUAGACUCCUGGGGCGCUGGUGUCAAGCUGGUUGAGCUGAGCAACUCCGAUGGCGGCUCGCGCAUCGUCAACUCAAUCUCCGACGGGGUGAUGGAAGUGUUUGGCAUCGUCUCAUCCUUUCACAUUGCCCAGCUGCAGUGCAACAUAAGCAAACCGGUGCGGAUUGGCCAAGCCAAGCAGAUUAGGUUGCAAGUAAAGGAAACCGUUCCGAUGCAGACAGAUGGCGAGCCCUGGAUGCAGGGUCCAGCGGACAUACGAUUGCAGGCACGCAGCCAGGCUCGUGUCCUCAAGCUGGAUCCAGUCUCCACCUAAUUACUUGACCCCUCGACUAAUCCACAAUGUGCCAGUCACCCUAACCCUAAUCUCUUCAAACAGUACUUAAUUUAAUGAAUGUACUUAACUUUCGAAUUUGUUUUAAGUUGAAAAGUUGCAAUUGCAUUUGAAGGCGCUCUCCGUAGUAAGAGAAAUCCUAAUGCUAGUCCCACAUUAAAACAGGAAUUGCGUCUGAAA